UGUAUUCUCUAUUGUUGUUGUCAUUAACUAGUUGCUUUUGGGUAACAGUAAGAACAUAAUCAGAUGUCAGAAGCAGUUCAGUAGCAACAUUCUAAGCCUUGGUCCUUAUCUCACUGAAGGAUCCAAGUGUUUUUUCCCACAUCAUGAUAAAAGGGGCUGAGCGUGUUUCUUCCAGCUGUUUGAAACUACUGAUUGAUUAUGAGUUUAAUACCUGCACCAUCAGAGAGCAGUAGGAUCAAUAUUUGUGUCUGCAAAGAAAGAAAAUUGCUGCAUUUACACACGGAGCAACAGUAGUAACUUCAAUAAUUAGGUUUAACCAUAAAUUAUAUUGUAUUAUUGAAAAAGGGCCCAUCAGGAUCUAACAGCAGGCCAUACUCUUUGAUUUUAUGCUAUUAAUUAAGUUUUAGUCUGUUAAUACAUUACUACAAAUAUUGCAUGCUUACCGCAGCACUCUCUAGCAACCAAUCUCUGUCUGAAAAAAUGGAAUGCCGUCACUUUAAUGGAUGAACGAAGUAAUGUUUCAUGUCCUGUAUCUGAAAGGAGUUUUAGAAACUAAUGUUGUGGGUGAUUUUGUAUACUGUGGGAUAGCACUAUAUGUCUUCUUAAAGCUUAGAGUCAGAAUGAAUUGGAGUCACUGGUCCAACUCAGUUUUACAUUACAACAAACAUUAUCCUUCUCUAUUUAAAUUGUAAUUCUUGUGCAGACUCUCACCUGACCUUCUCUUUGGUAAUAAAAAAAGUAUUGCUACACUUAAUAUUGGUCCUUUUGCAUAUGGAAUGAAAUAAUUGUAGUUGGUGACACGUAGAUUUCUGAAGGAACAAUAAAUAAAAUGUGAACGCUGCUGUUGUGAAGACAUCCACUGGAUUCUAUCCGUAUCUUAUAAGUAUGUUACUGGUUUGUACAGCGAAAGAUUUCAGUGCUUUGAUAAUGCUUGUCUCUACAGAUAAAUAUGAUAACUUGACAGUCAUCUUCCUUGAUAAUUCAGGAUUUUGAUGCAGGGCAGUUAAAAUGCAACGGCGAAGACGUAUAAAUCCAAAGGAGGAUGCAAAAUUUUAUGUUACUGCUGGAAGGGACAAAGCGGGACUUGACAUCCAAUACAUCAGUGCCUUCAAAGGACGUGGCAUCUUUGCAACUACUCCAUUUGAAAAAGGAGAGUUUUUGCUGGAGUAUCGAGGUGAACUAAUAAACAAGCAGGAAUGCGAGAAGAGACAGAGGCUUUACCACAGCAGUCUUAAAGUGUUCAUGUUCGAGUUCCGUUUUAAUGGAAAACUGUGGUGCGUUGAUGCUGCAAAAGAGGAUGGAUCACUUGGAAGACUUGUAAAUGAUGACCAUAUCAACCCUAACACCAAGAUGAAGUACUUCAGCGUGCAAGGAAAGCCCCAUCUAUGUUUGUUUGCAAUACGGGACAUAAGUCCAGGAGAGGAGAUCACCUAUAAUUAUGGUGAUUCUGACUGGCCAUGGAGGAGCAAGGAUCUCGAUGAGGAAAUGCCUCAGAAAAGUCCAGAGACCGAAAGUCCCCCAUCAACAAAAGAAGUUGUUGAACAGCUCUCUUCCAUGCAUGAUCUGCAGAAGAAGACAAGUGAGAAAAUCCAGACAAGUCCAGUGCUUGAUGUACUCACCGUGGUUGGAAAGGUAGGUUAAAUCCAGUAUGCUAAUCAGUGUCAGAAUUUGUAGCACAAAGUUAAGUCUAACAACAUGGUCAUUGGUGCAGUGUG